AUGGCCACCAUCACCUGCAACCGCUUCACCGAGGAGUACCAGCUCUUUGAGGAACUGGGCAAGGGCGCUUUCUCCAUCGUCCGGAGAUGCGUGAAGGUGUUGGCAGGACAAGAGUAUGCGGCCAAAAUCAUCAACACCAAGAAGCUGUCUGCCCGAGAUCACCAGAAGCUGGAACGAGAGGCUCGGAUCUGCCGCCUCCUGAAGCACCCCAACAUCGUGAGGCUCCACGACAGCAUCUCCGAAGAGGGCCACCACUACCUGAUAUUCGACCUGGUCACCGGCGGGGAGCUGUUUGAGGACAUCGUGGCCAGGGAGUACUACAGCGAAGCGGAUGCCAGCCACUGCAUCCAGCAGAUCCUGGAGGCUGUCCUGCACUGCCACCAGAUGGGGGUGGUCCAUCGGGACCUGAAGCCUGAGAACCUGCUGCUGGCCUCCAAGCUGAAGGGAGCCGCCGUCAAGCUGGCUGACUUCGGCCUCGCCAUCGAGGUGGAGGGGGACCAGCAAGCCUGGUUCGGUUUCGCUGGCACCCCGGGAUACCUCUCCCCCGAGGUGCUCCGGAAGGAUCCCUAUGGCAAAGCUGUGGACCUGUGGGCUUGCGGCGUCAUCCUGUACAUCCUGCUGGUCGGGUACCCGCCCUUCUGGGAUGAAGACCAGCACCGACUCUACCAGCAGAUCAAGGCCGGGGCGUACGAUUUCCCCUCCCCUGAAUGGGACACGGUCACUCCUGAAGCAAAAGAUCUCAUCAACAAGAUGUUGACCAUAAACCCCUCCAAGCGCAUCACGGCAGCGGAGGCUCUGAAGCACCCCUGGAUAUCGCACCGUGCCACUGUGGCCUCAUGCAUGCACAGGCAGGAGACGGUGGACUGCCUGAAGAAGUUCAAUGCCCGGAGGAAGCUAAAGGGAGCCAUCCUCACCACCAUGCUGGCCACCAGGAACUUCUCCGGAGGCAAGAGCGGUGGCAACAAGAAGAAUGACGGCGUGAAGAAAAGAAAGUCCAGUUCCAGCGUUCAGUUAAUGGAAUCGUCGGAGAGCACCAACACCACCAUCGAGGAUGAAGACACCAAAGUGAGGAAGCAAGAAAUCAUUAAGGUGACAGAGCAGCUGAUCGAAGCAAUAAGCAACGGCGACUUUGAGUCCUACACGAAGAUGUGUGACCCCGGGAUGACUGCCUUCGAGCCUGAGGCUCUGGGGAACCUCGUGGAAGGCCUGGAUUUCCAUCGAUUCUACUUUGAAAACCUGUGGUCCCGGAACAGCAAACCCGUGCACACGACGAUCCUGAACCCCCACAUCCACCUGAUGGGGGACGAGUCGGCCUGCAUCGCCUACAUCCGCAUCACGCAGUACGUGGACGCGGGGGGCAUCCCCCGCACCGCCCAGUCCGAGGAGACCCGCAUCUGGCACCGCCGGGAUGGCAAAUGGCAAAUCGUCCACUUCCACAGAUCCGGCGCGCCCUCCGUCCUACCGCAGUAA